AUGAGCGACCCCGAGCUGGAGGCAAUUAGGCGUGCGCGUAUGGCUGAGCUACGGGGCAGUGCCGGGGGCGGUCCCACUGCAGGUGGUGGUGUUCCUGGUGGACUCCCCGCUGGCCUUGGCGCCUCGGGCGGUGCCGAUGGAGAGCGCGAGGAGAAGCUGGCACAGCAGGAAGAGAUGAAGCGCCAGAUGCUGAGCCAGAUCCUCGAUAGCGACGCGCGCGAGCGGUUGUCGCGCAUUGCGCUGGUCAAGCCGCAAAAGUCGAACGCCGUCUCGGAUAUUUUGCUGCAGAUGGCGCGCAGUGGCCAAGUGCGGCAGCGUGUCACCGAGGACCAGCUGAUUGCGCUCCUCGACCAGAUCGACCAGGCGAAUCCUGCGCAAGAGACCGGAAAGAUUACGGUCGCGCGGAAAAAGAAGAUGGACAGCGACGACGAGGACUGGGACAUUUAG